GGCGGGGCGCUGAAAUGACAUUCGGCCCCACGAACCAAAGCAUAUUUCACGAAGCUCUGUUGUUUAGCAGCAAUAAAGCGCUCUUUACAUCCGUCCAGGAGGACGGAGGCUUACAUUAAGCCAUACAGGUGGCAGACCACCUUUCGGAAAAAUGGCGGCGGGUAACGUCAACCCGUUUAACGUGAGUGAUUCGGAGGAGGAAGCGGAGCAGAGGCAGGAUGGCGUUAACGCCGAGCGCAGCCCGAGCGAUGAAGCGCCAGGCCACAGCCUAGGUCCCUUCUCCCCGCCAGCGUACUCCGAACCGGUGGCCGCUUUGUUAUCCAGCAACCGAACCAGCCCGAGUGUUGACGGAAUACCCGCGUCGGCAGCUGCGGUGGCCGGUAUCGGAGGCGCGGAGACGCGGGUGUCGUUAGAUGCGAUCGCAGCGCAGCUGCUCCGGGAUCAGUACAUCCUCACGGCCCUGGAGCUGCACACCGAGCUCCUGGAGGCUGGACGGGAGCUGCCUCGGCUGCGGGAUUAUUUCUCCAAUCCAGGCAAUUUCGAAAGGCAGAGCGGAACUCCACCCGCAUGCAAGGAUCAAGGAGUCGGUCCUGGAGGUCCACUUAAUCGUGCUGGCAGCAUCAGUACAUUGGACUCCUUGGAUUUCGCACGGUAUUCAGAUGAUGGCAACAGGGAGUCAGAUGAAAGGGUGGCAGUUCUGGAGUUUGAACUACGGAAAGCCAAGGAGACCAUUCAGGCUCUGCGUGCCAACUUGACACAGGCUGCAGAAUGUGAGAUCCCUUCUCAAGAGAGAAAAAACUACAAAUCAAGUCCUGAAAUUCAGGAACCUAUCCGCUCUCUUGAAAAGAGAGCCUUAAACUUUUUAGUAAAUGAAUAUUUAUUGAAAAACGAAUAUAAAUUAACCUCCAUCACAUUUUCUGAUGAAAAUGAUGAUCAGGAUUUUGAGUUAUGGGAUGAUGUGGGUCUAAACAUUCCCAAACCGCCAGACCUGCUCCAGCUCUAUAGGAACUCUGGAAACAGCCUGCCGUUGCACCGAGAGACCGUGGAUGUUGCGGUCGGUGUGGAUCCAAGAGAUUUGCCUGGAGAUUGCUGUAUCCAGGAACCUGCACAGCAAACUGAUAUCAUUCAGCGACAGCAGCAACAGGAAGUGGUUCAGGAGCUGGAAUAUCAGAUCAGUUUGCUGAACAGUGAGAAACAGAGUCUGGCUGAACAGAUUAAGAAACUCCAGAGCGAUAUCCAGGCUCUUCAGCGGAACGUCUCAUCAGAUCCCACAGCCACAGUAAAGUCUGCUCCGUGUAAAGAAGACCCUCAGUGUGAUAAGACUCCUUUAGACAAUGGACAGUAUUUGGACAUACGGGGGGUCACAGAAGCAGACGACACCCUAAACACUACAAAGACCUUAACUUCUACAACAACCACUACUGAUUGUACUGAUGGCACAACUACUGCUACACCACCUCACAACAAACUCAAGUUUAAUAGUCCACAAGUGAAAGGCUCGGUGCAGUUUGAUCAGCCCAACAGAAAGCUGCCUCCGGCCUUCCACCAAGCUCUUUUGUCCUUCUGUCGAAUGUCUGCUGACAGUAGGCUGGGCUCUGAGGUGUCUCGAAUCGCUGACGGUGAACAAAGUGUUCUGCUAAUGCUGGGCCGCUGUCUUCCGCACAUCGUACCCAACGUCCUGCUGGCCAAACGAGAGAGAAUGAUUGCACACCUCUGCCAGGAGCUGAUACCUCUCAUCCUGUGUACGGCUUGCCUGCAUCCAGAACCUAAAGAAAGAGACCAGCUGCUUCACAUCCUCUUUAAUCUUAUCAAGAGACCUGACGAUGAGCAGAGGCAGAUGAUCCUGACCGGGUGUGUUGCUUUCGCCCGUCACGUGGGUCCCACCCGGGUGGAGGCCGAACUUCUGCCACAGUGCUGGGAACAGAUAAACCACAAGUAUCCUGAGAGAAGACUUCUGGUGGCGGAAGCGUGCGGAGCCCUGGCCCCUUAUUUACCCAAGGAGAUAAGAAGCUCCCUGGUUCUGUCCAUGCUCCAGCAGAUGUUGACAGAAGAUAAAGCCGACAUGGUCCGAGAGGCCGUCGUGAAAAGUUUAGGCGUCAUCAUGGGCUACAUAGAUGAUCCAGAUAAAUACUCCCAGGGCUUUGAGCUGAUGCUGCUGUCUCUGGGUGACCCGUCGGAGAGGGUGGUCAGCGCCACCCACCAAGUCUUUAUUCCUGCCUUUUCCGCCUGGUGCACAGAACUGGGUAACCUACAGUCCGAGCUCAUCCCCUCUCUCCUCACACGCAUCGAGAAACUGCUCAAGGGUGAAUAUGGUUUAGAUGAACACAAACUGCAUAUCUAUCUGUCGGCGCUUCAGUCUAUCAUCCCUUCUCUGUUUGCGAUGCUCCUGCAAAACGCCCCGUUCACCAGCCGAGCCAAACUCCAGGGUGACGUUCCUCCUAUCGAGGUGACCCGGUUCCCGCGGCCGGCCUCCCCUUUGCAGGACGUGGCCACCAUCGUGGGCAGCCGGGAGCAGUUGGCAGUUCUGCUGCAGUUAUAUGAUCAUCAACUCCAGCAUGAAGGAACUACAGGAUGGGACAGUUUGCUUUGGGUGGUCAACCAGUUUUUACCACAGAUAAUCGAGAUUGUUGGACGCAUCAAUGUCACUUCAUCCACCUGCGUGCACGAAUUCUCCAGAUUCUUUUGGAGAUUUUGUCGGUCCUUUGGGAAAAUCUUCACCAACACCAAGGUUAAACCUCAAUUCCAAGAAAUCCUGCGGCUAUCUGAGGAGAAUGUGGACGCCACAGCAGGAAAUGGCAUUCUUACCAAGGCUACAGUGCCCAUCUAUGCAACCGGAGUCCUGACGUGCUACAAUCAGGAGGAGGACCGUAAACUUCUGGUGGGCUUUUUGGAGGAUGUCAUGACCACACUUUCUCUUUCCCAUGCUCCCCUUGACAGUCUGAAGGCUUCAUUUGUAGAGCUGGGGGCAAACCCAGCAUAUCAUGAGCUGCUACUGACGGUGUUGUGGUAUGGAGUGGUCCACACAUCUGCACUGGUACGCUGCACCGCUGCUCGCAUGUUUGAGCUGGUUCUUCGAGGCAUGAGCGAAGCCUUAAUUGACAAGCGAGUAGCUCCAGCCCUUAUUACCUUGUGCAGUGGUCCUGAAUUUUCAGUGAGGAUAUCCACAAUACCUGCCUUUGGAACAAUUAUGGAAACCGUAACGCAAAAAGAGCUGCUAGAGAGAGUGAAGAUGCAGCUGGCCUCGUUUCUGGAAGACCCCCAGUAUCAGGACCAGCAUUCUUUGCACAUGGAAAUUAUCAAAACGUUUGGAAGAGUGGGACCCAAUGCAGAGCCCCGCUUCAGAGAUGAAUUUGUCCUUCCUCAUUUGCACAAACUUGCUCUGUGUAAUAACCAGCAGACGGUGGAGAGUAAGAGAAUUGACAUUGCCACUCAACUGUUUGAGGCUUACAGCGCUUUAUCCUGCUGUUUUAUUUCUGAAGAGCUGAUGGUGAAUCAUUUCCUCCCGGGACUGAGAUGUUUGAGGGCUGAUAUGGAGCAGCUUUCUCCAGAACACGAGGUUAUUCUGAGUUCCAUGAUAAAGGAAUGUGAAAUAAAGGUGGAGAACAAAGGCAUUGGAGAGGCACAAGGGUCCAUUUCUAUUGCGGCCAGUCUGGUGGGCGAGGACGCAAAGACCAAGUUUCUAAGUAAGAUGGGCCAGCUGACCACCUCAGGUGCCAUGCUGGCUAACGUUUUCCAGAGAAAGAAAUGAGAGCAGCCCCGGGUGUUUCCCACGAUCCUGUCUGGGAUCUUCUACUUGAAGUCAAUCGUCUGCCUUUGUUUUAUUCGUCUUUGAAUUAAUAUAUUUUAACAUAUUUAUGUCUUAAAAAUGUAUUCCAGCCUCCAAAGAAAUUUGCACUCAUCUUUUUUCCCUUAUUCACAUCACUACACAUUCUUUCUUUUUUGAAAAUGUGAACUUUAUGAAAUCAAAAGAAUUUCUUCCUUGUCUUGUUGUCUCUAUCUGUUGCCGUGUCUCUGGAGAAUAUUUUCUAUAAGUGUGUGGGGUUUUGUUUCUCUUGUUUUGGAUAUGUUCCAAUCGUAAAUAACUGUAAAAUACAGUGAAUCAAGAGAACCGCACCCGAUAUCAUGUAUAUUUGAAAUCCGUGUCAUGAGAUAAUAAAAAGCGAAGACCACUUGUGUA